CGUCCGUUCCCCAUUCCGCGCGGAAGGUGACGCCCCGCCGCCCGCUCCGCGUCCCUCGGCUCCGGAGGAGGGGGCGUUUCUUCCCUUGGGGCUGUGCGAAGCUCACCGGUGCGUCGCGGAUCCGCCCCCGUCCCGUGUGGGGCGCUCGCAGCUUCUGAUUUCCAGCUCAAAAUCUGUGUGCUUGAUUUGAUUUUUUUUCCAAUGAAGUACAUCCUUGUAACUGGUGGAGUCAUCUCAGGCAUUGGCAAAGGGAUCAUUGCAAGCAGCAUUGGCACCAUAUUGAAAUCAUGUGGUCUGCGUGUCACUGCAAUCAAAAUUGAUCCUUACAUAAACAUAGAUGCUGGAACAUUUUCACCAUAUGAACAUGGAGAAGUUUUUGUACUGAAUGAUGGUGGAGAAGUUGACUUAGAUUUGGGAAAUUAUGAGAGAUUCUUGGACAUCAAUCUCUAUAAAGAUAACAAUAUCACCACUGGAAAGAUAUAUCAGCAUGUUAUCAAUAAAGAAAGGCAUGGUGAUUACCUGGGAAAGACUGUUCAAGUUGUUCCACACAUCACUGAUGCGGUUCAGGAAUGGGUAAUGAAUCAGGCAAAAGUUCCUGUGGAUGAUGACAAAAAAGAGCCACAAAUCUGUGUAAUCGAGCUCGGUGGAACUAUUGGAGACAUUGAAGGAAUGCCAUUUGUGGAAGCAUUUAGACAAUUCCAGUUCAAAGCAAAACGAGAGAACUUCUGUAAUAUCCAUGUUAGUCUAGUACCACAGCCUAAUGCCACUGGUGAACAGAAGACAAAACCAACGCAGAACAGUGUUCGAGCGCUGAGAGGCUUAGGCUUGUCUCCAGAUUUGAUUGUCUGCAGAAGUGCAAAACCUAUAGAAAUGGCAGUGAAGGAAAAGAUCUCCAUGUUCUGCCAUGUGGAGCCUGAACAGGUGAUAUUUAUCCAUGAUGUUUCUUCUACUUACCGAGUACCAAUUCUGUUGGAGGAGCAAGGCAUCAUGAAGUAUUUUAAACAGAGGUUGAAUUUACCCAUUGAUGACCAGCCAAGUGAUCUUUUAAUGAAAUGGAAGAAAAUGGCUGACAGAUAUGAAAGGUUGCUGAAGGUGUGUUCCAUAGCUCUCGUUGGCAAGUACACAAAACUAAGUGAUUGCUAUGCAUCUGUUUUCAAGGCUCUGGAACACUCUGCACUGGCGAUUAAUCACAAACUGGAUUUAAUGUAUAUAGACUCAACAGAACUUGAACGUUCUACAGAAACGGAGAACUCAGUGAAAUACCAUCAGGCAUGGCACAAGCUGUGCAAAGCAGAUGGCAUUCUCGUCCCAGGAGGGUUUGGAAUUAGGGGAACAGAAGGCAAACUCCAAGCUAUCUCCUGGGCAAGAACAAAGAAAAAACCUUUCCUCGGAGUUUGCCUGGGAAUGCAAUUAGCAGUUGUGGAAUUUGCAAGAAACUGUUUAAAUUGGAAAGAUGCAAAUUCUACAGAAUUUGACCCAGACACAAAAAACCCUGUUGUCAUCGACAUGCCAGAGCACAAUCCUGGAGAUAUGGGUGGAACAAUGAGACUAGGGAAGAGGAGGACCGUUUUCAAAACACGAAAUUCUAUUUUAAGGAAACUUUAUGGUGAUGAAAUGUUUGUGGAGGAACGACACAGGCAUCGAUAUGAGGUGAACCCAGAAUUAACUCACUGCUUUGAAGAGAAAGGUUUGAAAUUUGUUGGCCAUGAUACAGAAGGAAACAGAAUGGAAAUGAUUGAACUGGAGAAUCAUCCAUAUUUUGUGGGAGUUCAAUUCCACCCAGAGUUUUCCUCAAGACCUAUGAAACCUUCACCUCCAUACCUUGGGCUGUUGCUUGCAGCAACUGGAACACUUAACGCAUACUUGCAGCGUGGAUGUAAAUUGUCUCCAAGCGAAAGCUACAGUGACCUCAGUGAUGACAGCUCUCCAGAGAAAGAGUUUCCUAAAUCAGAAACAAGCUAAAAUGGUUGUAUGAGAACACAGAAAUGGAUGAUGCUAUUGAGAAAGUUGGAAACAAGUCAAUAUUGAACACAAGAAAGUGAAGAAAGUGGAAGAGUAAGCUGUUUGAGGUCCUUGUAGUAUCUCCUCCUGCACUGUUUUCAAUAAUUCUCUUUAGCAAAACCUGUUCUGUAUAAAUGAUAUUUUGCUUUAAAAAAUGAUAUAAAUUGUUGUGCACUCAGCUAUUAAUCAUUUUUCAUCUUCUCCUAUAUUUCAGAGUGAUCUCAGGCGAAUAUGUGUUAGUUCACUAGUUCACAGUUACUUUUGCUUUAAGGGAAGAUUUGAAUUUUUCCACCUUAGGACAGUAAGAAAAAAUACAUUCAUUCUUCUGUACGAGGUAGAAAUGCAUAAAAUACUUACGGGGAAGUUGUUCUUUACUGUUCAUAGAUAAAACAGAUUCAGAUUUGCUUCUCUGUUAAGCUUGUUGUGUGUGUAUAUAUAAAGUUUACUUUUUUGCUGCUCAGUAUGUACAAAUAAGAAAUUGUUUCUCUGUUUCAGCUCUGUGAUUGUAAUAAUUGAUGUUGGGUAUAAAUAUCACUUCACUUUAUAAGUGAUUCCUUUUGACCACAGUUCGAGUUUGUCUUCUCUGUUUUCCCUGAAAAAUGUUAUACCAAACAUAAUUCUGACCUACCAAGUUACAGAAGUGAUAGUAGAAGGUGCUUUUGUAUUUAAAUUCUAUAAUAGAGAAAGGAAAUAUGCUCAUAUUUUAAAAUGCAAGCUGUGCACUUGCAUGAAGGUUGUAGAAGAACCAGUCAGAUACCUGGAGUGUAAUCUGGGAUCCAGCUGCAUAAUACUAAUUUAAGUUCAGUACUGAAUGUAAUGAUGAAUUAAAGUUUACCCUUGUUUUCUUGCAUCCAUUGAUCCCUCCAUUGUCACGGGGCUCAUUCCCCAGUAGAACAAAACUGUGUUUUCAUUUAGAAAUUGCAAGUUUACACCAUUGUGUGAUAAGUAUAGGCUGCCCUUGCAAAGCCAGCACAGCAGCCAGAAUCACUGAGACAAUGACAUACGCUGUACUUUGUAUCAGCUUGGAUCCCAUGAGCUGAAUGGCAACAGUGGAGCUGUCACAGAGGUUGGACCUGUAACUGGUGGGCCCAAAUGCCUGGAAUGCCCCUUUCUUACAAAGAAAAUUUUUAAUUGUUAGCUUUAUGUUUCACUUUGGUUUUGGUGAAGUGGUGUUUUUAAGUGAUCAGAAGGUUAGUACAAGGUUUAGCAGCAUUAGUUAUUGGAACCAUUUGUUGGAAAUAUGAAGGUUGGGGGUAGGGUUGGCUGCAGUAACUGUGAGAUGAGUGAAGUCCAGCAUCCUGUGUGGAGGAAGCAGGGCAAUAAGUAGGAUUGCAAACCUGGACUUCAGGUGAGACAAACCUUCCUGUGCUUGGGGGAAUCCUGUGGGCUUAGAGCCCUAGAAGGUAGGUGUUCCAAGACAUAUGGUUAAUAUUCAGGCUUCACUUUCUCUAUGCUUCAGAUCGGUGCACCUCUGUGAGUAAGAACUCAAAUGAAGUGGGCAGAAGACUUGCAUGGAUGAGCAAGAAGCUCCAGGGUAAACUCAGAGUAAAGAAGUAUGUGGGGGAAAAAGGGACAGGCCACUUUGUACAUUGUUAGAGUAUGCAGGAAUGUGAUGGGAAAGACUAAGGCCCACUUAAUUAAAUCUGGCAAGGGGAGUCAGGAGCAGUGAGGGCUACUGCUACAUCAGUAGCAAAAGGAAGAUUAGGGAAAAAUGUGGACCCACUCAUAAAUGGGAUGGGUGCCCUAGUGAUGAAGAGUACAGGGAAGGUAGAAUUACUGAAUGGUUUCUUUGCUUCAGUCUUUACUGCUAAGGCCAGCAGCCCACAGGAAUCUCAUACUCUGGAGACAAAAGAUAAAGUUUGGAGAGAGUUUCCUGUUGUUAUUGAUCAUUUAAGCAAACAUGAUGUGUAUCCAUGUACCCCAAUAGGAUGCAGCUACGAGUGCUGAGUAUGCUGGCAGAUAGUAUUGCUAGGCUACUCCAUCAUUUUUGCAAGAUCAGGGAUGGCCAGCAUCAUUUGAGUCUUCAAAAAGGGCAAGAAGUACCCAGGAAACUACAGGCCAGUCAGUUUCACCUCUGUCCCUGGGAAGCUGAUGGAACAACUGAUUCUGGAUGUCAUCCUUAAGCAUGUGGAAGAAAAGAGAUCAGGAAGAACUGGCCUUGUAGAUGGGGAGAGAGUACUGGCUGAAGUCAAAGUGAACAACAAGAUUUUCAGCAGUGUCUCCCAUAACAUCCUCAUAGGUAAGCUCAGGGAGUGGAUGUUAAAUGAGUAAUAACCGUAUGUAUUAGUACAGUUGGGGUCUGACAUGCUGGGAAAGCAGUUCUGUGGACCAGGGAAUCCUGGUGGAAAACAAGUUAAUCAUGAGCCAGCAUGUGUCCUUUUGUCCAAAAAGACAUUCAGAUUGCUGGACAAGAGCAUUGCUAGCAGGUUGAGGAACGUUAUACUCUGCCUCCACUCAGCCCUGGUGAGGCUGUGUCUGGUUCUGAGUUUCCUGGAGGGAGUCCAGCAAUGUGGUUCAAAGAUGAUUAAGGAACUGGAGCAUCAAGGGAGCUGAGCCUUUUUAGCCUGGAGGGAGACUGAGAGGGGAUCUCAUCAAAGUACACAAAUAUCUUAUGUGGAGGGUGUCAUGAGGAUGGGACUAUACUCUUCAAUAACAGCCAGCAGCAAUAUGAGAGGGAAUGGGCACAAACACACUAAGUUCCAUUAGAAUAUGAGGAAAAACUUAUUUACUGUGAAGGUGAUGGAGCACUGGAACAAGUCACCCGAGAGGCUGUGGAAUUAUCCUUUCUGGAGGUCUUCAAAACUUGCCUGGACAUGGUCCGGUGCAAUGUGUUCUAGGUGACCCUUCUUGGAGGCAUGGGAGAGGUUGGACCAGAUGAUCUCCAGAAGUCUCUUACAACUUAAGCCAUUCAGAGCGUCUGUGUAAAUAUCUGUACAAAAAUAAAAGGUACCAUAUCCCUUUUACAGCUUUGUAAAACUGUGAGUUUGAGAACUUUGCAUUGCUUUAGGAAAUCUCAAGUUGCACAACUAAUUUCUCUCUUCACUAAAUAACUUUUAAUGGUAAAGAAGUAAAAAAUAUGUUCCCUUGGUUGAGAUCGUUUUAAAGUUUUAAAGUGAUCUGCAAAUAUGUGCCUUAGAAAUAGAAGAUAUUGAUGGAAUUGGUAUCACUGUAUGUCUUCCCCUAUAAGAGAUACUGGCUCUUGGUUUUUGAAACCAGAAUUUUCUUAUUCUAUCUGUAAUGUUGAAAUGCAUUUUCAAAUAUAUUUGUGUUAUUCAGAAGUGUUAAGAUGUUGUUUUAAAGAAUCACUAUGAGCUGUGGUGUCGGGAGUUUUUCACUUUGUCAUUUCUAGUUGAAUUUUCUACGUCUGUGGUCAUAUCUGUCUGGUUCAUGUGGUCCUAGUUCAUCAAGAUGAAAUAUUAGGAGUUAAAUGUCUUAGGAAACUAUUGAAAUUGGUUUUGUGUAGCUGCAUUACGGAGAAGUUGUGAUUUAUCCCAAAAAGUUGAGGGGGAAACAGUGUGGAGUAAAGCUGGAAACAGCUCCUUAAAUAUCCAGUACCUUUGUCAAUCCUCUUCCUACUACACAAAAAAACUAAAUUCUAGAGGUACACACAUCCCUAUCACGAAAAAUCUAUCUCCUACUUGAACUGACAAGAGGCAGCGGUGUGCCAUUUCUAAACUGAAGGCAUACAGGUUUUUAUUUGUAUGUGAACCAUAGAAUUUGGAUUUUAAGGAAUAAAAAUGGAAUAAAGCA